GUAGGGACCCGACACUGCGUCCCCUCGUGCCAUCCAUCGGUCAUUCACGCGGAAAGGGCGAGAAGUACACCGAGACCGUUCACGUAGGGAAAAACCACCGCGCUCCUCCCAAGUCUCCCCGACCCAGCAAGAAACCAAAACAGCCAUCAGUCCAUCGCUUCCUUUUCAACCUCGCUUUCCCACCUUUUUCCCCUCUGAUCUCCGGCGUCGAACACCUAAAUCCCCACUCCUCCCCGCCCCGAUCCGAUUGCCGGCGAACACCCCCCGGAGAAAGACGGCGGGCCUCCGACCCCUUGCGCGCCUCGGCGUCGUCGUCAUCCUCUGAUGGGAAGCGGGAGAGGCGGCGGCGUGGCUGAUCUCGCCGGACGCGGCAGCUGAGAUGCGGCGGGAUCCGUCGGGAAUCCCCUCGUUCCUCGACGGCGGCCGUCCGACCCAGGAGUUCGAGAGCCCGGGCCCCCUGCUUUUUCUCUCUUUGCUCUUCCUCCAGGGUGGAGGGAUGGAUCUGUCCCGGGUCGGCGAGAAGCUCCUCAGCUCCGUUCGCUCGGCCAGAUCUCUCGGUCUCCUGCCCCCGGCGUCCGAUCGUCCGGAGGUUCCAGCUCGGGCAGCAGCAGCAGCUGCUGUUGCUCGUGCCCUUGCUGGGCUUCCCCCAUAUCAAAGGAGUAUGCUUCGAUCAAAUUCCGGAGAAUUGGUUUCAAUCUAUGGCAGCAGAUCUCAAGAUCAAGUUAUAGAAGAGCUUGAGGAAGACUUCUAUCAAGAGGAUUUUGAUCCGGUGAGGCAUGUUCUGGAAAACAUUCCAUCUGAAGAAAACAGUGCUACUUAUUUUGAUCAGAAGUCUGUUCUUCGAUUGGGCCAGCUUGAUAGGAUAGCAGAACAGUUGUCACGACAUGUUAUGGAGCAUCAUGAAGAGAUGGUGAAGGGGAUGCAGUUGGUCAUGGAGUUGGAGCAAGAUUUGAAAGUUGCAAAUGUCAUCUGCAGGAAUGGGAGAAGACAUAUAGCCUCGUCAAUGCAGGAGGUUUCAAGGGAUCUUGUUGUCAACUCACAUUCAAAAAAGAAACAAGCUCUAUUGGACAUGCUUCCGAUUCUAGCAGAACUUCGUCGUGCAAUAGACAUGCAAAUGGAACUUGAAGCACUAGUUGAAAAUGGAAAUUACUUUCAGGCAUUUCAAUUGUUACCAGAGUACUUGCAAGUUUUGGAGAAUUAUUCAGAACUUUCUGCUAUUCAAGAAAUGGGACGUGGUGUUGAGGCUUGGUUUGCAAGGACAAUCCAAAAACUAGAUUCACACUUACUUGGAGUUUGCCAGAUGUUCAAGGAGGAAAGCUACAUAACUGCAGUUGAUGCUUAUGCAUUGAUGGGGGACGUUGCUGGGCUUGCUGAAAAAAUACAGAGUUUUUAUAUGCAAGAAGUUCUCUCUGGAACACAUUCUGUACUGAAAGAUAUGGUGCAAGAGGAAAUUGGAAAUACCAUGCAGAGAAGUAGACUGACUUACAGUGAUCUCUGUGUUCAAAUCCCUGAGUCCAAAUUUCGACAAUGUUUGUUGAAAACCUUGGAUACCCUAUUUAAGUUGAUGUGUUCAUAUUAUUCUAUCAUGAGCUUUCGGCCAGAAGAAAAGAUAAGCAAAUUAGGUUCAUCCUUUACGGAUUUUGAACCCCAAGCACUAAACAAUGAGUUGAAGAAAAGUAACACAUCUCAGUGCUCAGAAGGAAUUGGAGUUGAUUCGGAGUCACGGGUAUCAAGCAAUUCAGGUGUACAGAAUGAAUUUAAAUCUGAAUCCGUGCCAAAAAUGGAAGACUUUGAUUCAACAAAUAGUUCAUCUGUUGUUGGUGUAACUGAAAAUCUGGGAUCAAGAUCUUCAACUGCUUGUGCAUCAUCUACCGAGACAAGCAAUGUGGAAACUGCUAUGUCCAGAAGUGAUUCUCCAUUUUAUCAGCUGAGAAAAGAUACCACUGCAUUGGUUGCACACACAUUAGAGAGAGGGCGAAAAAAUCUAUGGCAACUUAUAACAAGUCGUUUAUCUGUCUUGCUUUCUUGUUCAGCUGUCUCCUCAACUAGCAAUUACCAAUUUCUGAGGAACUAUGAAGAUCUUAACAUAUUUAUUUUGGCUGGUGAAGCAUUCUGUGGAGUGGAAGCUGCUGAGUUCAGGCAAAAAUUGAAAGUUGUUUGUGAAAAUUAUGUUGCAGCCUUUCACCGUCAAAAUGUUUAUGCACUUAAGAUGGUCCUGGAGAAAGAAUCUUGGGUGAAAAUGCCAGCAGAGGCACUACAAGUAAUCAGUUUGGCUGGUCUUAUGGGUGAUGGUGCUCCCUUGAUUGUUCCUUCUGUUGGUAAUACUAACACAUUGUCAGCACUUCACUCAAAAAAAUUGCAUGAUCCUGCAUUUACUGGAAAGCAGAAUAAUGGAUUUGCCUGUUGGCUUAAGCUAGAAAAUACAUUUUCUUCAAAGCUGGCAUCUGGCUCUAAAGAAUCACCAAAGGCUCAUUUAUUAUUCAAUGGAUCAAUGGCCUCAGAUUUAGCUGAUGGGCAUGCCGUUGAUCUCUUACAUGAUAACAUUAUGUCUGCAAAGGAUCAUUCUGGUAUAAAUGGAAGUAGUUCUCUUCUAGAGGAUGAAAAUGAAGAUCUUCUUGCUGACUUUAUUGACGAGGAUAGUCAGCUUCCUAGUAGAAUAUCUAAACCAAUACCUACUAGAAAAAAUUCUGCUAAUUGGAAUGAUGAAGAAGUUUCAGCCCAAACAGGGUCUUCACUUUGUCUGCUACGGUUAAUGGACAAAUAUGCCAGGCUCAUGCAGAAAUUGGAAGUAGUCAAUGUUGAGUUCUUCAGGGGCAUCUGCCAUCUCUUUGGGAUUUUUUAUCAUCAUAUUUUUGAGACAUUUGGCCAACAGGACAUCAAUCAAAGUGGAAAAUCCUUAGCAGAUACUCCAUCUUCUCGGCUUAAAACAGCCUUAUCGAAAAUUAUGCAAGAUUGUGAUAUGUGGAUCAGACCCCAAAAUGUAGCAUGUUCACCCACAUCACCCAUGUCAUUAAACACGGCAUUCGCACAUAUGGACGUAAUGCCUACGAUACCCCCUAGUACCAUGUUCGCGCACGCACCAAGUACUUCAUUUGGGUUGAAGGAAAGAUGUGCAGGUGCUGAAACAAUAUCACUAGUUGCGCGACUAUUGUAUAGAUCGAGAACUCAUCUCCAGUCAAUGUUAUUGCAGCACAAUGCAACAAUGGUUGAAGAUUUUUUUGGUAAUCUGGUAGAUUCCGUUCCAGAUCUGUCCAAGCAUAUUCAUAGGACAACAGCACAUCUGCUUUUACAUAUCAAUGGGUAUGCAGAUAAGAUCGCAAAUGCGAAAUGGGAGGUGAAGGAGCUUGGGUUAGAGCACAAUGGAUAUGUUGACUUGUUGUUGGGAGAAUUUAAACAUUAUAAGACAAGGCUUGCACAUGGUGGAAUCUCUAAGGAGGUUCAGAACCUCCUCCUAGAAUAUGGGCUUGAAAAUGUUGCAGAAGUACUUAUUGAAGGCCUAUCACGAGUAAAGAGAUGCACUGAUGAAGGACGAGCCUUAAUGUCAUUAGACCUUCAGGUCUUAAUUAAUGGACUACAGCACUUUGUUUCCAUAAAUGUGAAGCCAAAGCUGCAAGUUGUUGAAACAUUUAUCAAGGCCUACUAUCUUCCAGAGACUGAAUAUGUGCACUGGGCACGAGCUCAUCCAGAAUACAGUAAGAGCCAAAUUGUAGGAUUAAUUAACCUUGUUGCUACUAUGAAAGGUUGGAAAAGGAAGGCAAGGUUAGAAGUCCUAGACAGAAUUGAAACUAGCGUUUAAAGUUGAAGAUGUACAAUUUUCUGCAGCUUGUAAAGUUUAUUUGUGAUUUUUCCCCCAUCUUAUUUCUUCUGUAGAUGUGAAAUAAGCAUCUCCUAUUCCCAUUGUUCUUUGGUGUAUAUUUUCUUUUCCAAACUAUAAUUUUGUAUCAUAGUCCUCUUAAAACAGAAAUAUCAUGUGUAUCCAAUCCAAACUUGGGCUUGCAGUCAAUAAUAUAGAUUACUCGUUCAUAUAAGCUGCUAAACUGCUUAUACAAAGAACUA